CCAGAACAUAUGUGAUGACCUCUUCAGGCUGGAAGCAAGUUGCUGUCCCAAGAGACAGACUUCAAGUGUCUGUGCCUUGUUCCCAUGAGAUCCCUCUGCCGAAGACGAGCGUAGACAGAGGUUAGCCACGGCUGCAAGAUCAUCACCAAAUACAAUAAGGACCCAGAUUUCCUCCCCCGCGCUCCUGCAGCAUCAAGUUCACACUCCCAGCUAGAUCCACCGUGUAGCAGCCAUGUCUGUAGCGGGGCUGAAGAAGCAAUUCCACAAAGCCACUCAGAGAGUGAGCGAGAAAGUUGGAGGUGCAGAAGGAACGAAGCUCGAUGAUGACUUCACCGAAAUGGAAAAGAAGAUGGACACCACCUCCCGUGCAGUGAUGGACAUCAUUGCCAAGACCACUGAGUAUCUGCAACCAAACCCAGCCACCAGAGCCAAGAUGAGCAUGAUGAAUUCCAUGUCACGUAUGCGGGGACAGGAGAAGGGGCCGGGCUACACGCAGACUGAGACCAUCCUUGGAGAGUCCAUGCAGAGGUUUGGCAGGGAGCUUGGAGAGGAGUCUAACUUCGGCCUUGCUCUGAUUGAUGCUGGGGAAGCCAUGCGAGAGCUUGGAGAGGUUAAGGAUGCUCUGGACAUGGAGGUCAAGCAGAACUUUAUUGAUCCACUGCAGAAUCUCCAUGAAAAAGAUCUCAAGGAGAUUCAGCAUCACCUGAAGAAAAUGGAGGGUCGCCGUCUGGACUUUGAUUAUAAGAAGAAACGUCAGGGCAAAGUGACAGAAGAUGAGAUCAAACAGGCGUUAGAGAAGUUUGACGACUCCAAGGAGAUUGCUGAGCAGAGCAUGUUCAACUUGUUGGAGAGUGAUAUUGAACAGGUGAGCCAGCUCUCUGCACUGGUACACGCUCAGGUGGAGUACCACAGCCGGGCUGCUGAGAUCCUCACACAGCUCUCCAGUAAGAUUGAUGAACGGAUAAGGGAAACUUCUAACAAACCGAGGAAAGAGUUCGCUCCUAAACCACGUACAUCUCUGGACUUCUCCAUCAGUGAGAACCACAAUGGAGGCAUCCACAGUGCUCGCUCGCCAGGGGCGAGGUCUCCAGCAAGAUCUCCAGCUAGGUCUCCAGCCCCCAUGGACCAGCCCUGCUGUCGUGCACUGUACGAUUUUGACCCCGAGAAUGAAGGUGAGCUAGGCUUCAAGGAAGGAGAUAUCAUCACCCUGACCAAUAAGAUCGAUGACAACUGGUAUGAGGGGAUGCUGCACGGCAACUCUGGCUUCUUCCCCAUCAACUAUGUGGAUAUCCUGGUGCCACUGCCCCACUAGGAGGUCACCAUGACCAGCUGUGUCUACAACAGUGGUGAAACAGAUCCUGGCCUCCAGUCCCUCCCACCAGUAUUCCCGGUAACCUUUUCCUUAACAUUCCUAACAAACACCUGUGCUCCGCUUUAAAGGAGUCAAAACAGCAACAACACAAUAACCAAUGAAGAUUGAUGGCGAAUUAAAGCAAGUAUGCACCAAUUGAGCAUAAGAACUUUAAAUGAGGAAAAAUCCCUGUUUAUGUCGUUGCUUCCCCCUUAUCCCAGGAGGUUCUUUCAGGCUUCCAUAAUCGUUUUAUCCAAUACUGUCCCGGCUUUUGUCUCGGUUUGAGUUGGCUGUCAGUCCGUUAUAAUUUCCGUGAGUUUAUCAAAGCUGCUUUUCAAAAUCACACUUUUCUCCCAUUCACUGUACUUUGUGGAAACCUCUACAGUAGAUAGAAACUUUUCUCUCACAUACAAGGAAAAAAAAAAAAUCGGUCCAUGUGCUUUAUGUUUGUUAGAGACUCUAGGUCAAGCAUGGUUUCAAGUGUUUAACGUUUUAUCUUAUAAAAAAAUAUGAGCCGAUUUUGUUUUGUUUUGAAUAGUCCUCUUUUUUAAUGGUAGUUGUCUUUCGGCGUCCAAAAUUCUGUUCAAAGGAUGUCCUCACCAUUUAACUAUUCAGAGUUUUGACAGAAGUUGUAGACUAGAUUCAUCUAGUUGAUAACUAACAACCAAGGUUAUUCACUGUAUUUUGAUUUUCUCACAUAUCAACAUGUGCGUGUGAUUGGUCAUAUGUGAUUUAGAUACCAAAGUUAUCUGCAUAAACCAGAGUCAACUCCAAUUUUAGCUUCCAGACCGUCGGGGAAUCUGUUCAAUGCAACAGGGUGAAGCUUUGCAAUCUCUAGUUCUUUGGUAUUUUUAUCAGGAGGGGCGAAAACCGUAUUCCUAAGUAUGUGACAUUACCUAUCUGAGCCAGUGAUUAGUGGAGUGUGACAUGAUUUGCAAAAACACAAGUUGUGAAGCUUAAACAGUUUGAAGUGACGUGAGAAAACUCUGGUGCAUAAGUUUAAAUCCUCCAGUGUGUAUUUUAGCAGCAGCUUGUGUGAAAAAUGGUCGAUGUAUUGUGAUCUAAUAACUUAUAGGACUGCUCAUUGGGGCAACUGUUGAAGGUGUAGCACUUUUUCGCUGCAUCCCUACUAGUCCGUAUUAGUAUUCUGUAGUAUAGCUGUCUAUAAGCCAUUGAUUAAGACGAAACUAGACAUAGCCAAGAGUGCACAAAUGGCUGAACCGAAUGAAUAAUAAUCACUUUUUGUCUUGGUGGAAAUGUUAAUUUAUUGGAAUGAUGCAACUUAAACUAAAAACCCCUUUUCUCCAACAUAAUGAAGACUAAAAGCUGCAAGUUUACCCUCUCCAUGUCAUGUUAGACCCCA